AUGAAUGAAACCCUGUUCCGCUCGGAACCCAGGUUGGUACCUUCUUUUGAAGAGCCUUAUUCGGCUGAAUCAGCAGAUUGGAAAGGCGGUGAUCCAGCUGCUAAGCUAGAGGACAUCGUAGGACGGUAUUCGUGGACGGAUGAGCGAUUGGACCGCCUACAGGACAGUUACUGGACAGAUGCGACCAAGACCGGAGAUCUGAUCGGUCGCUCCCCGCUGCAGGCAGCUGUGAUUUGCUGCUGUGUAUAUUCUCGCAUCCCUCUUACUACAGAAAUUUCCGAGGCAUCAUUAGCCAAUUCGGAAUAUCUAAUAGUCCACCCCGGGUCAACCCUCAGUACAUCCCUUCCUGUCAGAUUCACUAAGUUGAAAGUAGUUGUAUCAGCACAUAGAGGAAUGGCCCUUUCGAGGAGUCUUGUUACUGGCCCGCUUAGCCCUAUGUAUCCUCGCAAUGCUAUUUCUGUAUACCAUCCCUUUUCCAUUGAUUCAGUAUCUCCCUUGCUUGCCUCCGCUCAAAGGAUAGGCUCAUGGUAUAAGUCGAGUAGCAGAACGAAGAAAGGGAGUGAACUCAAAGCCAGGAAAAAGAGCAUUUCGGACAAGUGUACUAAGGUUAAGGUAGAAGAUCUCAAUUCCCUUUCCUUCCCCGGGGUUGCCAGUGGUUAUAGAGCCCUUCUUCUUCACGUGAACAAGCCCUUCUUGCAAAGACCUGAUUUGCGGCAUCCACAUGAUUUGCUGCCGGAUUCUGUCCAUCUGCAGUUCCUUCUCUGUGCUGCUCGUGGGAUAUCGACAAGGACCCAUGGAGCGCUAACUAGUAAAGGGACCGGAACAGCCUAUUAUUGUAUUGCAAAGAGGGCAUUCUGUAAGACCGUGGUUAAUCAGUUCCUGGGCUUACCCAUGUGCAAACUGUUAGGAAUCGAUCUAGAUGCUUUGACUAGUGGGAUAACUUUAAUAGUUAAUCCCGAAGAGCUUGCAUUCCAUGCUUCUGAUUCAAGUCCUGAAAACCUUCGUGCUAACAUCUUCCGAAAGUGCCACAGUGGAUUCUAG